UCAAACUUUGACACAAUCUGUCAAAUUGCUAAUGUUUACAUCGUCUCUAGCAAAAACGUAUUUUCUGGAUUUUUCUUUUUUGUAAUAAGCCAAGACGAAUUAACAUGAGUCAAGAUGGUAAACGUUAUGAAAGGAGUCCUUGUCAAAUGUGAUCAGGCAAUGAAACAGUUCUUGUUGCACCUAGACGAAACAUUAAAACUAGGCAGGAAAUUCAUUAUCCAAGACUUGGACGAGAACCACUUGUUCAUCUCGGCGGACAUCCUAGACACCCUCCAAGCGAAAAUCGACGAUUUAAUGGACCAAAUUAGUUUCCCGUUAGCAGAGAAAGGAAACUAA